UUUAGCAGACGGACGCACUACUCCGUUGUGUUCGCCAUAACGCCUGUUUCUCGGCGAUGUUUCCAAGAGUCUCCGCGAUCAUGCCUCUUCGCCUCCUCUCCCGCGUCCCUUUAUGCUCUGCAGGCUCCGAGGCGCGGGCGGCUGCGAUUGUGAGACUCGGCGCCCCGCAAGGAACGGUCAGGACAAAACAUAAAGUCCAGAGAUACUUUGGCACGAACAACGUGAUCUACAGCAAGAAAGAUAAGCAGUCUGAUCCGACGCAGGAGAUUUCCAAGGACACAGAGACCCAAGAGAGUGUAAAGGAGAACAGGAAAAAAGACUUCCUAGGUAUUAUUAAGGGCAUGAAGGUCGAAUUAAGCACAGUCAAUGUACAAACAACGAAGCCACCCAGCCGAAGACAACCUGAGGGUAUGGAGGCUAUGAUUGACAGGCUUCACAAAGCUCCAGAAGCUACCCCCCAAAAGAGAACCAAGUCCCUGAGUCCUGAGUUGGUAGCAGCCGCAGCUGCUGUUGCAGACAUUCUCCCGUUGGAUAAGCAGAUGACCAAGUCAGAGCUGCUCAGGCAGCUCCAGCAGCACGAGGAGGUCUCGAAGGCUCAGAAAGAUGGAGAAAGAGCUAAAAUUAGCGUCAGUAACAUAAUAUCGGAUAUGAAAAUUGCCAAAUCUGCCACAGCUAAAGUUCGUACAAGACCAUUGCAUCAAAUUCAGUUUGAUGAAGGAUCUAGUGAGUGCCUGGGCCCAAAGAGGACCGAUGACCUUAAAAAAAGUCUUAGGAAAAAUAUGCUCAAAGGAAAGAGACUUAAUAUUUUUGACCUUAAGGCUAUUACUGAAGAGUCACCUGAAACAGAGACCACACCUUCACUUUGGGAUGUGGAGUUUGCUAAGCAGUUAGCCCAGGUAAACGAACAGCCCCUGCAGAAUGGUUUUGAGGAGAUGAUCCAGUGGACAAAAGAGGGGAAACUGUGGGAGUUUCCAAUUAACAAUGAAGCAGGUUUUGAUGAUGAUGGUUCAGAAUUUCAUGAACAUAUAUUUCUGGAUAAAUAUCUGGAAGAUUUUCCAAAACAAGGACCAAUUCGCCACUUCAUGGAGCUGGUGACCUGUGGCCUUUCCAAAAAUCCGUAUCUGAGUGUUAAGCAGAAGGUUGAACAUAUAGAGUGGUUUAGAAAUUAUUUUAAUGAAAAACAAGACAUUCUAAAAGAAAGUGGCAUACAGUUCAAUUGAAGACUAUCAAAAUUUCUAUUUCAAGCCGGAGAUACAACUAAAUUAACUAAUUUUACCAGAAGUUUUCCUAUAUUAUGUUAAUUACUACAUCUGAUUUGAGUGAUAUAAAUGUUAAAUUGCUUAAAAGUAAUAGUAACUGAAGAAUAUUCUUGGAUGGAGAAAAAUCAACAUUCAUAGGAUCAGUUAGUAAUUCUUAACAGAAGACUGUCUUAGUAAUAAGUUUAAGACCGCUUCCUCCAGCAAUUUUGUUUUCAGUGACAGUACUUCUUUGAAAUAUAAUUAUUAGCCACAUAUCUGUUGAUGUCAGGGUGCUGUAACAGUUGAGAUGAUUUAUAGAUAGGUUUAUGUGCAGCAAAAAUGUAUAUCUACAUACACACAUUUUAUAUAUUUGUGUAUAUACAUAUUUAUAUAUUUUUAUGUUUUUCACCAUAAAUUAGUGACCCUUGUGUAAGUCUGGGUCACCAGCGAGAAGUAACCUUGUAAAAAUAAGCAGCUUGUUCUAACCCCUUCUAGUCCUUUAGGUCUUCAUGCCAGAGUUAGAACUGUUUAUUUUUCUACUAUGGUGCUUAGCAGUGUGACUUGGUUUCAUACAACUCAAAAGAUUGAAGAUUCAAAACUCAAAACAAGAGUUCAGUUUACAGUGGCCCCAGCCUAAUAGUGUUUCAGGUCCCUAGCAUAAGCAAAUGAAAAUCCUGUGAAGGAAGCCAUCAUAAACUGAGGAUUCAAAUUAUAAAACAUAAAAGGAAACAAAGCAGCAGGAUUGCACACAAGGAGAAACAGACUACAAAAACAGACUUUGUAAAGCCUCUAAAUACCAGGCUGAUCAUAUUCACACUAUGAAGUAUAUAUAAGAUAAAGCAUAGGGCAAGAGACAGUAAAAGUGAUUAGAUUUUGGAAAAACAGUUAGUGAAGGAGUGUAACAGAAUAGAUACUGGAAAAUAGAUCUAAAGAAAUCCAUAUGUAGUAGAGAGAAGAAAAGAGAAAAGAAAUAUGAAAGCGAGGUAAAGAUUGGUAUAAGAAGGUAACAUUUGUUAGGCACCUGGCUGGCUCAGUCAGUAGAGCAUGUGACUCUUGAACUCAGUUCAAGGCCCGUGUUGGGCAUGGAGCCUACUUUAAAAAGAAAGAAAGGGGGGAAAAAGUAAUAUUUGUUCAAUCAGAUUUCCAGAAGGUAAAAAAAAAAGAAAUGGGUCAGAAGCUAUCUUUGGAUAGUUAAUGGAGGCAAAUUUUUUUACAGUUUAUGAAAGACAUCCGUUCAAGGUGGAGUGUGGAGAGAACGUGAGAUUUGCUUCUAGCAAAUAGACUGUGGCAGAGGUGACUCCCUUGAUUGGGUUAUGUUCUGUGGCAAAAGUGACGGGAUUAGUCACUCUUGUGACUACAUUACAUUAUGUAAGACUCCUUGUUAGCCAACUGGGUGACAAUUCUACGGCUUCGAAGAAGCUGCUGUCCUGUGAGAAGGCCUGUGCAUGGGCACGUGGCAAACUGCAGGCCCACCGGGAGCACGGGGCAGCCUGCAACGAAACGGGGAUCUCAGUUUCUACAGCCUCAAAUACCAGUUCCGCCACCAGCCGUGGAAGGGGACCCUACGCUCUGCAAAGGCGCACGUCCUGGCUGACAGCCUGCUGGCAGCCUUGUGAAACCUAGAAGAGGGGACCCAGCCAAGUGACCCACAGAAACCAGGAGAUAAUGUGCAUGUUGUAAGCCGCUGAGUUUGACGUUAUUUGUUAUAUGCCAGUAGAAAAUUGACACAGAAAAGGAGAUACAAAAUUGUCAGAGAGUAUGAUUCUGUAGAAAGAAACAGUCUGUAAAUUAUAAGAACUAAGAGAAUUUAGCAAGUUUGCAACUGCAUUUCUGGAUGCAGGCAACAGAUAAAAUAUGACUUAGAAGAUAGCACCAAAAAUAUAAAUGAAUAAAAUCUUAAUGAAAGA